AUGCGGGGGACGGCGCCGGCGGGUAGCGGUAGCUGGGGCCGCUCGCGUCCUGGCCGGGAGAAACGGAUCCAGGUCCACCUCCUCGCGUUCCUGCUCUCCGCCUUCUCCCCCUUUCCCUCCUCCUCCCCCGCCGCCGCCGCCUCCCGGCAGCCCAGGGAGGAUGCCCGGGAGAGGGAAGUCAGUCCUUCUGCCUGUCAGCCUGCGCGGCUAUGCGCGGUGCGGCGCGGCUCUCAUCGAGGCGGCGGCGGCGGCGGCGGCUCCGGCAGCAUCGCCCCCGCCCUCUCCCCGCAGCCGCGGCGGCCGCGGGGCUGGGGCUGGCUCCGGGCUCGGGGCUCGGGCUCCGGGCGGGGGCUGAGCUCAGGCUCGGCGAUGGCCGGGGCUGCGGACGUGCGCUGCGGAGCCGAGGCCGGGGCUGGAGCUGCGGCUAGAUCGGCGGUGGCAGGGACAGCGGCGACGGCGGCGGCGGCGCGGGGGUUGGCGCGGCCGCGGCGCGGGGACCAUGCUCCCUUCUGGCUCGCUCCUCUCCGGGUACCGUCUGCUUUAGCUGCGAGGGAGGCGGGCUUCGGCGCGCAGCCAGGGGCGGGCGGAGCCAAUCACCGGCGCCCGAGUAGGCGGGGGCAGAGGGUGGGGGAGGCGGGGCGCCCCCGGCCCGGCUCAGCGCUCGGCUCCCGGGGCCCCAGGGAUCCCCGGCAGCAGCGCGCCGGGCCCCCGGCUCAGUGCCAGCGGGUGUGUCCAUCGUCGGUCCGCCGCCCCCGCCCCCUGCGGUGACUCCCGGCUCGCCCGGCUCCGUGGCCGCGCCCCGCAGACUCACGGCGCGUGGCCGGGCUGGCUGGGCCGUGGCCUCCGGGUUCCGAGAGCCCAGGGUUGAAGGGUCCGGACUGAAGGGAGCUUCCCUCCUGCUCUCAACACCUGAGGAAACUGGUGGAAAGUUUGAGAAAGAGAAGUGCAAUCGUCUUUCCGCUUCCGCCCUCCCUAUGACACUCCGGCCACGGGAAGGAGCAGGAAAUGUCCACAUCUGCGAAGGACCACCGCGAGCCACCGCCAAUCCUGUCUCCUUGCAUCGGCCCUGACUCCUGAACCCAUGAGAACUUUCCUGUUUUCACAGACCUCCCUGGGCUGUUCAGACCACACAGGCCUGUCCGACUACUCUGACACUCCAGAUGCAGCAGCACCCACCCACCCAGCCCUCCCAAGGUCCCUCUCCCUUUGCAGGCUGUGUACGCAGACCCUAACUGCAACACUCAAAGGAAACUUUGGCUGGAGACCUGUGGCUACCCGGUGUGGGCUUUUUCAUCUCGCCAGAACACUUCUUUUCUGUGCCUGUCUUCCUUGGCUUGCUAACUCUGCAGCUGUGCCAUGCACUUCCUGUACACAGGAACCCGGGAGGAAGAAUUCCUGAGCCCACGGCCCGUGGAAAGGUGAACGUCAACAACAUUGGGCAGAAGCUCCAUCCACUCUUGAAGCGAGGGAGGCAGAGGUGAGGAAAGAGAUGACUUAUUUAGCUACAAUAAAGGCCAUUGAGUGUCCACUGCAUCUUACCAAGUAUCCGAAAAGAGCCCCAGGUCUGUGAUCCAAGCCACCAUCUGGUCCAAGAGUACCUUGCGGUAAGAAAACUUGAGAUGCGAAUUCUAAAUGAUGAAGCUGAAGACUCCGCCAGCUUGCGUUCCCAAGAGGACGCAUGGGCUCCCUUCCUAAGGGAGCUUUUCUCUUGGAUGCUUAAUCAGUGGCUGUUUUACUGAAAAUUCCACGCACGUACAGCUGCUCAGAAACACAUUAUUUUUAUUUAUUUAAGACUUAUCACUUACCGACUUCUGAGAGGUCCGAAGCAACUCAUAGGUUAAAACACACAGUGGAAGGAGGUCUUCAAGAGUGAAUCAGAGGAGAUGAUGCCUAAAGAGAAAGAGAUGGGGGAAAAGCCUCAAGCCAAAAUAUGAAAAGCACUGCAAUUAGACUGUAUGGAGAAAACAGGGCAGCGGUACCACAUCAUCUGAUUAUACAAAGGAAGGUGCAUUUUUUUUUUUAAAUCAUAGCAUAAAAUGUUCUGAGUGGAAACUGCUUAAACAUGAUGCUAUUGUCACUGGAAGAAUGGAGUAUUCUUGAGAUUAAAAGGUUUCAGCCCUAGCAUUUGGGGGAAAAAAAAGGUGUCAUGCUACCACAGCCCUAUCUACGUUCAUGCACUUCAUGACUCUAGAAGCUUUGAACAAUAUUUAUGAGAGGAUUUUUAUCAAUAGACCCUAAUCCUUUUUAAGUUGUUUUGUUGCAGAUUCAGGGCAAAUGAGAUUCAUUUCUUGCAGACAGUUGUGCAUCUUCCUAGACAGCAGUAUCUUCCUACCUUCUUACUGGCCUCCAAGCCCUCAAAAAUGUCAAUGUAGUUUCAGACAAUUUCAAGAUUAUCUUAAGAGUUCUGGAUGAUAUAAAAGUUUGGUAGAAACAAUUAGAAUUUAAACCUGAAAAUAGUUUGGAAUUAGACCAACUUGGACAUUAGGCUCAAAAACUGAAUAUUGUUUGGGACCUGGGAUCUUUGUACAACAAUCCACAGGAUAAAUUCAGUUCAACAGAACUUAAGAUUUCAAAAUGGUGGCAGCUAGAAUCUCAUAAUUAUGGUCAAGACUGUUGUUAUUGGAAAUAAAGAAUGCCAUGUGGUAGUACAUGUGUAUGUGUUGUUCAAAGGCAGCAGACCUGUGAGUUCAGGUGAAAGAAUGUAAAAUAAAG